AUGCAAUCGUCUGUCAAGCAAGCCACCAAAGAACCUAAUGUGUUUCCCGAGGCACCUGGUUACAGGAAUACCGAAAGCUCUUCGGCUUCCAACUCACCGGCCUUGCCAGAAUCAAAGUUCGACAAAUAUAAGCGGUUUUUGCUGUGGUGGAAUACCGAAGAAUGGUGGUCGUGCUGGAUUGGCCUUAUUUUCUUUGGCUGUAUUACGGCCGCAGUUCACCACGGCAUCCCACAACCCGAGUUUUUAAAGUGGGAAACCAACCCAUUUCAUUCGUUUAAUACAGUGGGGAACUAUGGCCUGAUAGUUCUAUUUUUUGCAAUGGGAGCCAUGCUAUGGUUAGCUAUGGGUGCAACACAGACACCCCAUUGGCGCUUCUAUGGAACUGGUUAUGCAGUUGUGUUCUGUGUUGCCCUCCUGAGCAAGAUACUAGCAAGCAACGUAACACUUCACAAGGCGUCAAUCGGUGACUCCAUCUGGGCUAUUGUGCUUGGAUGCGUGAUCCGUAACAUGAUCGGCAUAUUUAGGCCGACCCUUCCCCCCUGGCUCAAGGUUUCUCAACAAACCGAGCUUUACAUUGCCAUUAGUUUGGUGCUUUUGUGUAUAGACAUUAGUGUGCUUAGACCACUGGCACCACGAGCCAUCUUUGUCAGUUGGUUAGAUACACCUACCCUUUUCAUAGUUGUGGCUAUGAUUGGUUGGCGUUGGAUGGGUAUCGACCGCCAGACUUCUAUUAUCAUGUCCGGGGCUACCUUUAUUUGUGGUUCAUCAGCUGCCAUUGCGCUCGGUGCCAGCAUGGGCGUACCUUACAAGACAGAAAUGCCCAUUGCAAUCAUCUCUGUCUUCACAAUCCCAAGCAUCAUUGUCUUGCCCUACAUUGCCAAAAAUUUAGGAUUAUCUCCUUCUGUAAGCGGCGCAUGGUUCGGUGGUUGUGUGGACUCUACUGGUGCUGUGAUUGCAUCUGCUAGUAUUUAUGGCGACAAAGAAGCCAUCAAUACCUCUGCUGUCGUCAAAAUGGUUCAAAAUGUGUUGAUCGGACCACUUUCAGUAAUUGUGGCGUGGGCCUGGAGUCGUUAUGAGCUCCAGACCGCCAAUUCACUCAAUGAAGAGCUACUUCGUAACGCUGGCGACGAGGACAUCGAACUCCAUGAUAUUCCUGGCCGAAGCAGACAUCACCCACGGCGCACAGAAAGUGUUCAUGUCUUGUUGUGGAAGCGUUUUCCUAAAUUUGUACUUGGAUUUAUCAUCACAGCUAUCCUAUUCAACACUGUCGUGUCCACAGACCCCGAGAUUCGGUUGAAUGUAAACGACUUUUGUUUCUAUGUAUCCGAGUGGUUCUCCACGCUUUCAUUCGUGAGCAUUGGCCUUGGACUUCAUUUUAACGAGCUGAAAGAUAAUAUCCGUAGUCUCGGUAAAUUAUGCUCACUUUACUUGCUUGCACAGAUUGUCGAUAUUGUCGCAACUGCUGGAUUAGCCUACACUGCAUUUACCUACCUUUAA